AUGCAUAUGCAUUUUGACUCUUUUUUUGAUUGGUGGUUACACAUGUCUGAUACUCUUUUUGCAGCUGGAAUGGAUGACAAGUUACUGCUAGUGGCUAAUAUUUGUUGGCAUAUUUGGUGUCUAGGAAUGCUCUCAUAUUUCAAGAGAAAGCUAUCAAUCCCAGCACCUCCUCCUUGCAAGCCUGGAACAAUUUUGCUUAUAGAAGGACUCCAUUCACCCUCCUUCCAGGCCUCUAAGAUCCCAAAGUCAUCCCAGAAGAAAUCACUGUGGCUCUUUAGUUUUUGGCAAAACAACAAUGUAUUUUUGCAGGACUCCCCUCGCAGCUGAAGCCUUUGCUC